CGUGAGAUUUCAUUCAGUCAUUGGCGUGCGAGAAAAAUAUGUGGCCAUCUUACAUAUUAAAUGUUCACAAAUUUAUGUAGGUUUCAGUUUUUUGUCCUAUUUUUUUCCUUUGGGUGGACGUCCCGAAGUCCUGUGGUCUAUGGAAAACAUUGAUUGCGUAAAAUAUUAAGAUUCUGAUAAUGCCGCAUACUUUGACUGAAAUGGAUAACGGUAGUUGCAAAAACAUGGUGUCCAACCUGCCAUUGCUUUUCGCUGGAGGUUAUCCUACAUCACUGGAGAAGAUCACAGAAACUCAAUUAGAGAAAUUUAUUCCGUUUAUGGUACAGUGCUCUCUGGGAUACAUACAUAUACCUGCUCUAGAGGAAUACAGUGAACCGGAAUGGUGGCCGGCGGAUCUUGAAUUCGUUAUUCCAUUUUGUCGGCCCAAGUCUUUCAGAGGGAUAGCGUCAGACCUUUGCCGACUUAUUUUUCUCACCAAUCUCCUUUUGGCACGGAUAUCCUUGUGGUCGAACCGCACUAACUGGCGAGAAUUCUGGGCAAGCACACACCACACUUCCAAGAACUGGCUGGAGAAAAUGAGGGAAUUGGUGGUCAUUUGUUAUUCCUUCCAUAAAUGUGUCUUCCUUCUAAGAUUUUGUACCGACUUGGCAUCUUAUGAACCAGCAACAUUGAGAUUCAUCAACAACUAUAAUUCUACUACAUCUCUCUACCAGCGACACUCAAAAAAGCUGCUUGUUACAUUCCGAAAUGAAAAUAUGCUUUAUGAUCAACCACCACAGACAUCUGGUCGAAAAUGUCUUCUCCCAAAACAAAUUAAUUCAGUGCAAUCAGAUUUACAACAAGAACAAAUGGUGGAACCGGCCUUUUUUGAUAUUUACCUGUGUGACGAUUGCGACGCAGAGCUCUACUCCUUUGACGCUUAUGUGGAACACGAGAAAAUUUGUAUCAACCAAAAGGCAAUUCAGGAAGAAAGUGAAGAUGAUGACGUCAUAUUUUGUGGCAGCGAAGUCUUACCAACCCCAAUGCAACAGAAUGAACAAAAAUCACAUACUACGGAACAGACUAUGUCAUCUUUUUUGAUGAAUUUCAACCUGUGGAACGGAACCAGUCACAUUGCCCGUCGGACGACUAGCACCGGCAUCAACCCAAACAACAACAUACUCGAUGGAUCUCCUGAAAAGCUUCGGCGUCUUCCGAGACGAACCAGAGGUGUCAUAACGCUUUCGAAAUGUACAUCGAUACCACUUUCAUCUCCGUGCGGCCAGUUCUUGCUCAAAAGCACAAAGACAGUUAUGUCGAUAGAUUAUCAAAUGGAGCGAUUAGAGCGACUGGAACGAUUUUGCUUUGCUCCUGCGCUUUUAAAGCAAGGCACGACGAUAACUAACCGUCCGAAGUGGAUGAAUAGAAGUAGAUUAAAUACGAAUGUUUCGGUAUCAUAUAAAAGAGGAUUUGACGAAAAUGAGCCCUACCACUGUUACAAAGUUCCUCGUCGACAAUUUUCUACUGCAUGUAAGAAACGCAAUUUUAAUUUUUAUAACAAGUUGUUGAUCAAUGGAUGCAAACCCUGUGCUGUCAAGCUACAGAGAUUGACUGCUGAAGAAAUCGAGAACAGAAAUAUUGAUAUUAGACUACAGAAAUUAAAUGUUGCAAGAACAUUUGCAUUAAGUCAUCAACAAUCCGAUGUGCAAGAUAAAUUGAAACAUAUAGUGGUGGACUGUAUAGACCUAUGUUCUUCAGAUGAAGAUGACCUUUGUAUGAAAAAUAGUGGUAACAGUAGUAGUAGCAUUAUCGCAAUAGACAGAGUAGCAAUCACAGCUGAUAGUUUAAAGCCUAAAUGUCAAAAUAAACUAAGCGAUCCAGGGAACAUUAUUGAAAUGAACCCAUGUAUACCGUUCUUGAACAAAUUUGGUAAAUGUUCAUCGAAUCCCUUAGUUUCAUCUAUGAAUCUAAUACCUAGCUUACAAGCCACAAGUCCGGAUACGUUUGCGUCAAACGUGGAACCCAUAUGUUCGAAUAUGUUGUUACAAAAUUCAAUUUGUGCAACUGAAACGUCAACUGACAGUAACAUCGUUUUGUCGAAUGUAGAAAAUUUGACAGAAGUGAUAGAAAACCGUGUUAAUGAUUGGCUAAAUAAUUCUGCAGCACAAACAGAAAACGUAGCCCUCACAUCUCCGCCCCAUUUGGUUAUAACAUCGGCUACUUCGUUGGCCAAUUCAAGCACAUCGAAUAUUACUAACAACAAUGCCUCCAAAUCAAUGCCAUCAUUAACGAAAUUAGCAAAAUCAUCUAGUGCUGUAAACAGUGAAAAUCUAUUGCCUUUGAUUUGAAUUCAAAUAAUUUAUCCUAUUCUGUAAUUGUUAGGAGCAAAAUGUUCAGACUUCAACUGACGGCGCAUGCCAAAAAGACUGAUUACUUACAAGUAAUGCAAAACGAAGCGGGGUGUAUAUUUUAUAGCAUUGUGGUAGUUCAAUAAAGAAGAACAAGCUGCCAAUUCUAUUUGUUUUCAGCAGUCUUUUUGAUAUGCAGUGUCAUUAUUUGUAGUUUAGAUAUAGUUUGUUUUACAUUUCCAAUGAUGUACUUUUUAUUACUAAAUUCCUAUCGACCCCUUAUAUUGAAUUGAAUUGUAUUCAACAUUUGGUAACCAAAAACAUGAUGUAGUUUAAAUUUUUAAUUUAAUAUAAUUUCAACCUUCCAUGCAAAACUGUAAUAAAUGAAGAAAUACGUA